UUCAACCGUCAGAUAAACGCAAAAUCCCUUAUUCGGCGUGACUGCAACAAAUAUAAAGUUUCAAAAAAGAGAGAGUAAACAUUUUUUAACUUCAUACUUAGUCUAUAUAAGGUUGUAUGAUUAUAUAUAGUUUAUCAUGGCUAAGAGAAGACUUACAAAUCGGUUAUCUAAACAACUGUCUGUAAACAGAAGUGUCGGUUCCUCCUUUGGAUCUGGGUAUCUCGAUCCAGAUACAAACAUUUUGGGUGAAGAAAAGACAUUUUGGUGGAAACAUUUGGGAGAGAAUACAAUUCUACCUCAUUCUUCAACAUAUAAUCAAGGAAAUGAAACAUCUGCACAAUUGAGUUUUAAUUCGAAUGCUAGCUCUACUCAUGAUAAGUCAAACUGGUGGAAAUAUUUGGAAUCUGAUGAACAAAAUAUUUCAACUUUAAAACACAAUUAUAGCGCAGGUUUGAUCAAAAGUCAUGUUAUGGAGGUAUCAACAUCUGAGUCAGAAAAAGAACCUGAUGUCAAAAGAAGAAAGUUGCCUCUGAGAGCAGCAAAUAGAAAGAGUGACAGCAAUGCUUUUCUGAAUGCUUUAAAUGAUAACACAACAACUGUUCUAUUAAAACAAAACAACAAUAUAUCUAAUAAGGCUUCAGAUGGAGACGGUUCGCAAAGAAAAUCAAAUGAAAAUGACAGUUUGAGCUCAAAUCUUGAGACUGAAGAUAUUGUUAAAUUACGACCAAAUAUUUUCAAGAAAAAAAGGAAGGAUGAAGAAAUAACAAAUAAGAAUGUUUUUCAGGAUAUGUUAAAUCAAGACAUUUCAGACCAUAAUACUGGAAAACAAUCAAUAACAAAUAAGAAUGUUUUCCAGGAUAUGUUAAAUCCAGACAUUUCAGAUCAUAAUACUGGAAAACAAUCAAUAACAAAUAAGAAUGUUUUCCAGGAUAUGUUAAAUCAAGACAUUUCAGAUCAUAAUACUGGAAAACAAUCAAUAACAAAUAAGAAUGUUUUCCAGGAUAUGUUAAAUCAAGACAUUUCAGACCAUAAUACUGGAAAACAAUCAAUUGAGCUUGUAAAAGAAUCUAAGAGCCAUUUGAUAAACAGAAAUAUCAAUACAAAUAACGAUCACACUAAUGAACAAACGAAAACAGACUUGAUAGAAGCAUUACAACUACGACGUAAGAGUAUUGAUUCUUCAAACUUAUCAACUCAAAGUACUCAGAAUACAAAGACUAAUAAGACACAAAACACUGAUGAAAGUGAUUUUGAAAUGAACAAUGAGUCUGUCAAACAUAAACCUCGGUUUAUGCAACGCACGCGACGAAGUUUAACAAGUAAUGCUUUCAAAGAUGUUUUGUCUGAAGAUACAAAUACAAGUGUAUCUGAAGAAAUUCCUAGUCAAGACAUCGAUACUCGUGAUGCAAAAGUUUUACCAGUAACGAGAUCUUUAAACAAUUCUUCAAAAAGAUCAGUUAGUAGAUCUAACACUGAGAUUGAAAAAAAUACAUCAUUCAACAAAAGCUCAAGACGUGCAAGUUUGCCUAAAAGUACUUCAAGUCAAAAGAGUGAUACUUCUAAUGUAAAAUCUCGACCAGUAGCAAAAUUUCAAUCUUUAGUAACUUCAAAUACAUUUGCUGCUGAAUCUGAGGUCGACAUCGAUAAAAAUAUGUCAAUCAGCGGGAACGCAAGAAGUACUAGUAUAAUUAAUAAUUCAAAUCGAAGUAUUGAUACUUCUAAUGAUACAGAAUUAGAGCCAAAAUCUCAAUCUCCGGUUAGUUCUUUAAGAAAAUUUGCCAGUAGAUCUAAAAGCAAGAUCGAUGUAGAUAAAGAUAUAUCAAGCAGUAAAAACGUAAUGGAUCCAAGUUCAUCUAAAGACAAUCCGAGUCAAAACAUAUUCGAUACUUCUGGUGCAACAUUUUCAUCGACAAAAAGAUCUCCCAAGUUGGGUCAAAGAUCAAAGAGUAAGAUCGAUAUUAAUAAAAACACAUCUCUGUUUAGUCUAAGAUCAUCAUCAUCAAGAAAAACUAAUGAACAAUUAGUAGAUACUUCAGAAGAAGAAAAUCAGAAUAAUUAUAGUUUGCAAAUAGAACGUUCUUCAAGAAGUGAAGCCAACAUUCCUGAAAAAAUUCUCGAAACCGCUGAUUCAUUAGAAAUAGAAAAGAAUAAUCACGAAGAUGUAUUCACGGCACAAGAAGAGAAUAGAAUGAAUAAAAGUAAGACAGUAACACGCUCGACAUCAUCGAUCGUGUCGUAUUUGAAUAAAGAUGAUCUGCAAGAAAACAGAGAAACUUCACGCCGAGAAAAGAACUUAAAAGAGAACGACAUCCAAAAUUACAACGCACCGAUUAAAAGAAAAUCUUUAAAUAAAAAUAUCACCGCUUUCAAUAUCAGUAAGAUGAAGACGCCGAGAACGAUAGAUACUUUUUUCAAACAAUCUUCGUCAACGGCAGAUAAACAAUUAUCGUCGAGUAAACAAAUGGUUUCUGAAGAUUUUAAUGAGAAAAUGGAGAGGAUUAAGGCAAAAUUGGAGGGGAUAAAGAACCGCGAGAUAAUCGUGAUGAAAAAAACUGCGAGAAACGAUAAGAAAGAAUCUGCGUCAAGUGCAAAAAAUGCAAAACCCAAAGGCAUUGCGUUUAAACGAGAUAUUAAAAAAAUGCCUACAAAGAUUGAAAAGCCAAUAGACAAGGCAUUUUUGGUAAAUGGAAAAGUGUACAGAGCACCAAGACUGCCGCGUCCAAAGCACUGGGCUACAGACAAUCUUUAUCGAUUUUUGUGGAAACGUAUGGAGCCUAAAUACAAUUUGACAACAAGAGUAAAAUCCGAGAAGUUUAUGCAGGAGUUAGCCAAAACCGUCUCCUUCAUUGAACGACGUAAAAAGUAUGAGAACUACAAAAAUGAAUUAGAGGCGUUGAUGAAGGAAAUGGCUCGUUUGAGCAUCAUCUGUUCCCGUAAUGAUUUUUACGAUUUUUGUAUUCAAUUUCUACCGUAUGAGUUUCGCAUCAAAGUUGUUCCAAUGUUAUUACCCGGUAACAAGAAAAACAUUCCUUACGAUCCAGAAAUGUUGCAUACUCCCUUACUUAGUAACGAAGAAUAGGAUAAGAAAUUUAUAGAAUAAAUAAGCGCAAAUAUAGCCAUAAAAAAAAACAAGAGAAAGAUAUGAUUAACAAUAAUAAUAUAAUUAAUCAGCACUCUUAAUAUUGUACAUUAAUGACAAUAUACGAGCAAUAAUAUUUAUUUUUAUAUAAGAAUAGAGAAUAAAAAAAAAAGAAACAGAAAGAUGUAUAAUACUAUUACAUAUUUCAAUAAAUUUAUAUAGGAUAUUGUUACUUUUGUAUGUUUGCAGAAUUAAAUGUUAUGAACACACAGCGUAUACAACGAACAAUUCAUAUUUAUUCCGAACAAUAUCUUUUAAUCUUUGAGAUCUGCAAAUAGUAUCUAAUUGCAUUAACGACAUCGUGCUUAUUGAGUGUCAAAUGUUCGCGUGACGCGCCGAUUUUUGUAAAUAUUUACGACAUCGAGAUUCUCUCUCUCUCUCUCUCUUUCUCGAACGUCAUGCUGACGUAACGCUUACGUAAUUCAUGACGCGUUUGACGUUCGAUAGCAACAGAAGCGCCGGUGCUGUUAGCGCCGAGAAUUUGUCUUAUUUUUUUGUAGACAAGUGACCUGCUGACCUCAGAAGUGCAGAUUCCACGAUGUAUGUACGUCAAUGAU